CUCGACCAUCUAUGUCCGGCCAUACCCGCGAGUCGGUCAGGAUCCUUAGCGCAUCCCCUGGCAUCGAGUUGGAUGUCUGGCUCUACAGCCCCAUAAGUCCAGCACCAUUCCCUGUAGUAGUGGCGGGUCACGGGCUGAGCCUCGUCAAAGACGCAGGUCUCGCAGCGUUCGGCGAGGAGUGGGCAAGUAGAGCGCACUUCGCCUCCCUGAUAUUGGAUUACCGCCAUUUUGGUGAAUCCGGCGGAGAACCUCGGAACCUCAUCUCGCUGGAGAAGCAACUACAGGAUUACCAAAGCGUCAUAGACUGGGCAAGGGCACGUCCCGAGAAAUUCCGUGUUGACAAGAUAGUCGUGAUGGGCAGUGCACUGAGCGGUCUUCAUGUGGCUGAGCUCCUCCUCCGGGACCAAAGGUUGGCCGGUGGCAUGGCGCACUGUCCUGUACUUGACGGAUACGCGACAUCAAUAGCAGGCCCAGUGAAUGUUCGACUGAUGUUCUGGGCUUUUGUCGACUCCGUCAAAGGUAAACUCGGUUUGCACCCCGUGUUCAUUGCUGCUGUUGGGCAUCCCGGAGAUCUCGCAUUCCUCUGUGCUCCUAGUUGUUAUCUAGGAAAGUUCAGCCAUUAGAAGCAGGAUUCGAGAAUAUGUGGGCUCAAGGAAGCACGUCUUUCUAUGAGUCGCCGAACUUGGUGGCACCUCGGCUUGUCUUUGAUAUCUUGUCCUCACGACCUGGCCGGCGCUUAAAGGAGGCUCAAAGUCCCAUGCUCGUUGUG